CCAAUGAAUUCGAUAUGCGUAGAGGAAAUGAGCCAAUGGUGAAGCUGAAAUUUUAAAAAGGCGGAGUAUCAAAGUCUUGAAGAAUAACUCAUUGAUCAGUCCUCACCGAGACAUAGUUGUUAGUGUAAACCCUGCAAAGAGUUGUUUGGGUAAAACGUGUGCGUAAUUCCGUAAACGUUAGUUUCUCGUUUUCACUUGGACGAACAAACAGAGGGCAGCUGCAAUGUGGAUUCAAGUGCGCACAAUGGAUGGGAAGGAAACCCACCAGGUGGAUUCCCUAUCCAAACUUACCAAGGUGGAUGAGCUACGUCUCAAAAUAAUGGAGCUCUUUAAGGUGGAACCAGAGAGGCAGAGGCUGUUUUACCGUGGCAAGCAGAUGGAGGAUGGCCAUACCUUAUUUGACUACAACGUGGGCUUAAACGACAUAGUACAGCUGCUUGUCAGGCAGAAGAUGCUCCCUGUUGAUCUUGUCAAAAGCAAAGACAAAGAAGCAGAGCUCUCAGACUCAGAUUCUGGCUGUGGCUCAGCACAGAGUGAAUCUGACAAGAGCUCUACUCACGGCGAGGUGGAGGGUCAGGCUGCGGGCACCUCUGCCCAGGCGAACACCCCAGAGCUUGUUGAUCCCGGAUUUGGAUUUUACAAGAUCAAUGAGCUGGUUGAUGCAAGGGACUUGAACAUGGGAGCGUGGUUUGAGGCCCAGAUCAUCAAUGUUACUAAAACAACAAAGAUGCCUAAAGAGGAGGUGGCGGAGGCACAGCCAGCAGAAGAGGAGAUAAUGUACCAUGUUAAAUAUGAAGACUACCCAGAGAAUGGGGUUAUUCAGCUGCUGUGUAAGGAUGUCCGUCCACGGGCCCGUACAGUGUAUCAGUGGCAUCAGCUAGAGCCAGGAAUGGUUGUUAUGGUCAACUACAACCCAGACGACCCCCAGGAGCGUGGCUACUGGUAUGAUGCUGAGAUCCAGAGAAAGAGGGAAACGCGCACCCAGCGAGAGAUCUGUGCCAAGAUUAUCCUUGGUGAUGCUGGUGAUUCUCUUAAUGACUGCCGGAUCAUGUUCUUGACUGAAAUUUAUAAAAUUGAGGAGCCAGGGUCCCCGAGUGACACCCCAGCUGGAUCUGAGAGUCCACUAAAAAGAUCAAAUGGACCUGAGUGCAAGCACUGUAAGGAUGAUCCUAACAAAAACUGUCAUUGGUGUAACUGCCACAUCUGCGGCAUCAAGCAGGAUCCUGACAAACAGCUACUGUGUGAUGAAUGUGAUAUGGCCUAUCACAUCUACUGCCUGAACCCACCACUAACCUCCAUCCCCGAAGAUGAGGACUGGUAUUGCCCAGGUUGCCGUAAUGACUCUAGUGAGGUUGUGUUGGCUGGAGAGAAGCUGAAGGAGAGCAAGAAGAAAGCAAAAAUGGCUUCUGCCAGCUCCUCCAGCCAGAGGGACUGGGGCAAGGGAAUGGCCUGUGUUGGUCGAACCAAGCAGUGCACUAUUGUCCCGUCCAACCACUAUGGACCAAUUCCUGGUGUCCCCGUUGGCUCCUUGUGGAAAUUCAGAGUACAGGUCAGUGAGUCUGGUGUUCACAGGCCACAUGUAGCUGGGAUUCACGGCAGGAGCAAUGAUGGUGCCUACUCUCUGGUCCUGGCAGGAAAUGGUAGUAAUGAUGAUGGUAAUGAGUUCACUUAUACUGGAUCUGGAGGGCGAGAUCUGUCUGGAAAUAAGAGGACUGCAGAGCAAUCAUGUGAUCAGACACUGACACACAUGAACCGGGCACUCGCUCUCAACUGCAAUGUCCCUGUCAAUGAAAAACAUGGCGCUGAGUCCAAAAACUGGAAGGAAGGCAAACCAGUUCGAGUUGUGCGCAGCUGCAAAGGACGCAAGCACAGUAAAUAUUGCCCUGAGGAAGGAAACAGAUAUGAUGGGAUAUAUAAGGUAGUGAAGUACUGGCCAGCCAAAGGCAAGUCUGGCUUCUUGGUCUGGCGGUAUCUACUCAAGCGUGAUGAUGAUGAGCCAGCACCAUGGACCAGAGAUGGCAAGGAACGCAUCAAGAAGCUUGGACUCACCAUGCAGUAUCCUGCUGGCUAUCAGAAGGAGAAAGAGAACAAAAGUGAAGUGGAGGAGGAGGCGACACCCAGCAAAUCAAAGAGGAAGAGAAAAUCUCAGGAUGGCGAAUUCACCAAGACCUCACCAGCCAAAACUCCCAAGAAAAUGAAGGUAGAGGUGUAUAAGCUUUCUCAGGAGCAGAAAGCCCUCAUCAAGAAUGACAAGUUGAACAAGAAACUGUGGGAUGAAGCCAUGGAGUCACUGUCACUUGGACCGAAAUUUUUGAACAAGGUUGAAGAAGUUUUUCUUUGCAUUUGCUGCCAAGAAGUGGUCUAUCAGCCCAUCACCACAGAGUGCCAACACAAUGUCUGCAGGGAAUGCUUUCAGCGGUCCUUCAAAGCAGAGGUGUACACCGGCCCAGCCUGCAGGCACGAUCUGGGCAAGAACUACUCCAUGACUGUCAACAAAUUUCUGCAAGACAUUUUAAAUCAGUUUUUCCCAGGGUACAACAACGGGCGAUGAUCAUUGGUCUUGCCUACUCAGCCCUUGAGGAAACAUGAUUUAAACUGUAAGGGGAAUUUACAGUAGAGGCAAAGAAUUGGUUGCUAAUAUAUUUCUUGUAAUCAUAAAAAUACACUUUUUUUUUUUUUUUUUUUUGGACCUUGCUACCUUUUUUCAGCUUGGGUCUGCCAUAAUAUGUAGUUUCUGAUAAAUUGAAAAUCUUAACUGCCUAUACAUUCAUUUAGUAAUACCUUCAACUAUAAUAUUUCCCCCAGUGUUUUGUUCUGUUCCAUUAACUAAAGCUAAUUUUAUCCAUAGUGUAAAAUUGUUGGUAAAUCAAUCCAUGUUUAGCACACCUUAGGAGAACACUGAGCCAAAAGUCACUAAAGUGUUUGCCCAGCUUGUUCAGAGAUUCUUUUGAACAAGACUGUUUGUUAUUGAAAUGUAGCUCUACCGUUAGUUUGGAUGUGGCUGGUCAUUAUUUUGGUGUGGUUUUUUUCAAUCUGGUCAUGCAGCUGGGAUUUUAAUUGGUUUGAAAUCACAUCUGACCUGCAAGGCUCCAUUAUCUGGAGCCUGUAGCAGUGCACAUCUCUGUAUUUUUA